AUGUCCCCUCACACCCCCCUCCGAAAUGAACGCGAACCCCUCCUCGCGCCUCCCACCGAACCGACUAAGGUUCGCGAUGCGUUGAUCACGGGAUCGCAGGUUUAUCGAGAUGUUGGGACUGGGUCAUAUGGUGCGGAGAACUCGAGUCGAGAUGCAGAAGUCAAUGAAGAAGAUAAUAAUGAGGAAAAUGGAAAUGGAGAAGAUAACGGAGAAGAAGAAGACGAAACACCACUCCCCCUGGGACAGAUUCUCGGACUCUGCUACAUCCGAUUAGUCGAACCGGUGGCGUUUUUUUCCGUCUUUGCCUUUCUCAAUCAGAUGUUGUGGGAGAUUGGGGGGAUUGGGAUGGGAGAGGUGGGGUUUUAUUCGGGGUUGAUUGAAUCCCUCUUCUCCAUCACCGAAAUGAUCCUCAUGGUCCACUGGGGCCGGGCCUCCGACAAAUUCGGCCGCAAACCCAUCAUGAUCACUUCGCUCCUCGGUAUCUCCUUCGCAACAGGCAUCUUUGGGUUCGGUAGGAGCAUUGGACAAUUAAUCAUUUUUCGAUGUAUUGCUGGACUGUUCGCGGGGACCAUCGUCACAAUCCGAACCAUGAUCUCGGAAAACAGCACCAAGAAAACCCAAGCGAGAGCCUUUAGUUAUUUUUCCGUAGCGGGCAAUCUGGGGAUCCUGAUGGGUCCGUUGAUUGGUGGCGCCAUGUCCGAACCCGCAAAGCAGUAUCCGUCUAUUUUUGGCGGGGUAAAGUUUUUCGAGGAAUUUCCCUUUGCGCUUCCGACGAUUUGUACGGGGUUGUUCGCGUUGAGCUCAACGUUGGUGGCGGCGUUCUAUAUUAAAGAGACUUUAGGCAAGAAAAAGUAUCAGAAAGUAGGAGCGCGCGAUGGGAUGACUAUGAGCGAACUUUUAAAAUUCCCCGGCGUAGCGAGAUGUAUCUACAUUUCGUGCCAUGUAAAUCUAAUGAGUACAAUUUACACAUCCGUACUAUCUGUAUUCUGGUUCACCCCUAUCUCGCUCGGCGGUCUAGGUUUCUCACCCUUCCGCAUCUCUCUCUUCAUAGCCCUUGCAGGUUUCUCGCAAGCUUUCUGGAUGAUCGUCGUAUUCCCUCCCUUGCACAAACGCGUCGGUACCGUUGGUAUCCUGCGCGCAUGCGCUUUCUUUUGGCCUUUCCUCUUCGCUUUCUGUCCUUUUGCAAACUUUCUAUUACGCAUGGGAUGGGAAACGACGUUUUGGGUCGUGUAUCCAACCAGUAUGUCGAUGGGGGUUGGAGUCAGUAUGGCGUUUACAUGUGGCCAACUAGCCCUGAAUGACAUUGCACCCUCUUCCGAAACUCUCGGCACCCUCAAUAGUAUCGCACUCGCCGUCACGAGCGGUACCCGCGCCUUUGUCCCCGCUCUCUUCACUAUCAUCUUCGCAUAUGGCGUUACGCAUCAGAUUCUCUGGGGAUAUUUCAUCUGGGUAUUUGAAAUAUUGGUUGCGAUAGGAUUGGUUAUUGCGGUGCAGUUCUUACCAAGAGAGGCUUAUGGGAGGACAAAGAAAUAG